AUGGCACCCAAUGAACCCGAGAGUCCAAGCAAGAAGAGAAAGCAGCCUGUUAAUGGAGUGAAACGCGAUCAGCCUUUGUUCGCUCAACGCAGACCCAAUCGUUCAUUGCAACAGCCGCCCGACUUUCUCACGGACAGUCUCAACACUUCAUACAUCCCUAGUCCUAGCCCACCGAAGAGCCCAACACCAGCUGCUUUCAAAGCUACACCAAGGGUCAAUGACGAGAACAGACCACCCUCUUCCUCUUCCUCUGAUCACAAGCGCUCUUUUCAGGCACUGAAUCCACGCCCAACGCAGAACGUAUCUGGCCCAAAUCAAAAGUCAUCCAGCAAGCCAGCGCAAAGUCCUGUACCCGCGCGAACACCCAGUCCGUUGAGAGGACGGGCCCUUUCAGUCACAUCGCCUGCUGCCUCUGAGUCGUCUCCGCCUCGUGGGUACGCUGAGGCCUACCAGCGCAUUGUUGAAGAAGAGAACCUGGCACAGGAAGAAUCAGUAGAGGACAUGGAGGACAUCACCGGAUAUGAUUUCAAUGAGCAAGAUAGAUCGCAAGAUCUUGAUCGUAUGCGACUGCAGAGGAUACAACACUCUGCAUCUCCUGUAUCUUUGAGGGCUUCUCGAAGAGCUUCACCAGGAGGCGCUCUCGGAGGGGGCGCACAAGCUGAGGUUGACGACAAGGAGAACAUCGGGCAUGACUCAGAUGGUGAAUCAAGCGCAUCCUACAUGGAGAACGUCACGGACACAUCUAUGGAUAGCGGGUCGUCUCAGUACGCCAAAGAUCUACAGAGGGUCCAAGGUGCAUUGAACAGUGGAAAGAAGGCGUUCAGCAAAGCGAGGGUUGGAGAUAGAGUCGGACUCACUAUAGACAAUCUGCAGCGCAAAGGAAGCAACGAUUCUCUGGGAAGCGCGUUCAGUGCCGGGAGUCUGAGCAACAGAGGCUCUGACCCAUCCGUCAACGUGCCCAAGGCCUGGGGAAGGAAAGCAAAGCCGGGGAAGGAUUGGCUCAGCCGAAUCAACAGCAGAAGUGGCAAGCUUACUGGUGAUGUGCCCAAGCGUCAUUCCUCUGGAGAUCAAAUUAUCGCAGAGAAUCAAAAACGUGAAUGGGCGGAACCAAUUGACGAGUGGAUCUCAACCGCAGCUGAGGUCCCUUUACCCUCUGUGGAGGGUUCUUCGCAGACAGCCUUAUCGUCUCAAGGCUCGACACCUACGACAGCAGUCCAGCGGAGUACCUCUUUGGACCGAAGAAGGCAGUGGGAGGUCAAUGAUGAUGAGUUUACUGGACGAUCCUUUCAGGUGUCUGAUAGUCCACCAAUUCGGAUUCGAAGUGUUGCUCUUGAUCGCAUCCGAGAGCGAGAAAUAGAGAGCGUCGAGAAGAGAGCGGUAACAACAAGCAGACUGGGCGAAUUGCGCAAGAUGUCAUCCGCAGAAAGCCCGCGAAGAAGGAUAGGGUUUGAAGUGAUUCAGGGAGAUGACAGUCGUGGUUUGAGUGAAGGUUCUCCACAAAGACAUGCAUCUGGCAAGUCCACUCUAGAGUCAGAGCAGCUGGAUCCAGACGAAGACAACACUCCAGACCUUAACCCAGAUGACACAGGAGAAGCUAUUCCGGAUACCCCUAUUGUGAUUUACAGAGCAAAUUCCAAUGGCAUUGUCUCUUCGAGUGAGAAAAGUGCCAAGCAGCCCGAAUCAAAAACGCAGUCGUCUCGCCAACCCAGCCAUGAACGGAAGGACUCCCAUGAUCUUCUCAAACGGCUGGCUAGGGCGACGAGUGAAAGUCCCAGUCCCGCAAAACAGUCCAACGAGCCAGGCCAAUCACCAAAUCAAGAGGGCCAAGAUCAAGUCCAGCAGACACCGCAGAAUCACAGACCUACUAGCGACCUCAAGACACCGGUCAUAACAGGUGCGUGGGUGGAUCAGACCAUGGACGACACGCCUCGGGUUUCGAGGGCAGAUAUCAAUUUAAAAACGCCUCUAGUAACUGGUGCUUGGAUCGACACCCCUCUACCUACUGGCGGUCGAGGCCCUCCAAUGCCAACGCCAUCUGACGCACAGGACGAGAAAGAACUGGGUAACGGCAAACUCGGUGCUGCAGAGCUGAUACACAAACUCAGUCCCAAUACUAUAUCUGCGCGCCCAAAAUUGCAGAAUCAGGCUCCUCUCAAGUACUCAGGACCUCCUUUGGCUAAAUCUGCACUACAAGAAAUCAUCAACGACGCUCGAGCUCCAAACCGAGAAAGACAACCCAAGAAAACCUCUUCAGAUUCCGAAUCCGAAGAAGAUCCCACCCUCCACCUCGGCGAAUCCACUAUCCAAUCCCUCGAGGAAUUAAUCGCCAACGAUGAAGACUUCUCCACCCUCCUCGCCCCCACGCCACCAUCUCCCGAAACCGCACCGUCAUCCUCCGAACCAUCCCCUUCCUCCCAAGCUGUCACCACGACGUCCAGAUCCUCACGUCUCUCCGACCUCCAAUCAUACACCCACCUCCUCUCCCGCCUCACAAACCUCGCCCCCUCCCUUCGCGCAUCAAAAAAACAAAUCUCCGCCCUCGAACGUACCAUCUCCGCCUCUCCAUCCAUCCAUCAAACCCAGACCGUAGCAGAGCGCGACCAAGGCGAGUGCACCGAAGGAGGCGAAUUCCACGACUUCAUCUGGCCCUGCCAGCGCUGCGGCUGCCCAGGCCGCAUGGAGCCAGACCUGCAACCCCUUCUCGACCUCCGCGACCACAUCACCUCCCUCACCAUCCCCAUCCCCCGCCUCUGGCGAUGGCGCAGAGACGACUGGCGGCCUCGUCUCACCUGGCUCGGCGUCUUCACCCUCCUAGCAUGGGCGCUGUACUGGGGCGAGAUGUGGGCUCGAGCCCGCUUCUGCCAUCCGAUCUACGCGAGAAGCAUGGUGGGUUAUGGCGUCGACAUCAACGCCCCCCGCCCGCCGUUCGUACUGGCGAAAGUGGUGUAUAGACACACGGCUGUUGGGACCGUGAUGGCGCCGUUCUAUCACGUCGCGAGGAUCAUGGUCAAGCUGGUCGCGAGUCUGGUGGGCUAUCUGGCGGGCUUCGUGGCGGGUGACGGGGCGAAGCAGCCCGCGAGUCGGGACGACAGGAUCCCGAGACCGCCGUGGGGCCCGGAUCUGAGGAUGAUGGACGAUGAGUAUUUGUGA